AUGCAUUCCUCUAAUCUACUGUUGCUUGCCCUAGCUGGAGCAAUUUCGGCGUAUGAUCUGCCAUCCGAGUUGGAGCAAAUCUAUGAAGCUCACAAAGCCGGCUCCUGCAACGAUAUUCUUACUGGUGGCUUCAGCGACGGAAGCUCUGGAAGGGAUGUCUCUUAUUGUGGUGACCUUGACGGCGCCAUUUUUCUCCACAGCGAAGGCAACGGCGGUGCAUAUGCUGAUAUGGACGUCGAUUGCGACGGUGCUGACAAUGGCGCGGGGGCUUGCUCAAAUGAUCCAAGUGGACAAGGCGAGACUGCAUUCAAAGACGAAGUUAGCCAGUAUGGCAUUUCAGAUUUGAAUGCGAAUAUCCACCCCUAUGUUGUUUUUGGCAACUCUGGCUCCAGCCCUUCCUUCGAUCCACAGCAGUACGGCAUGGAGCCUCUGAGUGUUAUGGCAGUUGUUUGCAAUGGCAAUCUGCAUUAUGGUGUUUGGGGAGACACCAACGGCGGUACUUCCACAGGCGAGGCGUCAAUCUCUUUGGCCCAACUAUGCUUUCCCGAUGAGAAUCUCACCGGUGACAAUGGCCAUGGAGAUAAGGACGUCCUCUAUAUUGGGUUUACAGGCCAAGAUGCUGUUCCUGGAUCGACUGCCGACUGGGAUGCGGAGAGCAGUGCGACAUUUGAGGACAGUAUUAAGACAUUGGGUGACCAACUUGUCGCUAAACUGACCUCCGCGUCAGCGUAA